AUGACAACAACACGGUAGCAACACAACAUGGCAGCAACACAUGACAACACAACAUGGUAGCAAAACAACAUGGUAGCAACACAACAUGACAACAACACAACAUGAUACCAAUACAACAUGGUAGCAACACAACAUGGUAGCAACACAACAUGACAACAACCCAAUGUGAUAACAACACAACAUGGUAGCAACACAACAUGACAACAACACAACAUAACAACAACACAACAUGGUAGCAACACAACAUGGUAGCAACACAACAUGACAACAACACAACAUGAUGACAACACAACAUGGUAGCAACACAACAUCACAACAACACAACAUGACAACAACACAACAUGGUAGCAACACAACAUGGUAGCAACACAACGUGACAACAACACAACAUGGUAGCAACACAACAGAUAUUUGCCAUAUCUUCAAUUUAAGCCUACUAGAAAGUGUGUGUCCUCAAGCCUGGAGGGAAGCAAAAGUUAUUUCCCUACCUAAGAAUAGUAAAGCCCCAUUUACUGGCUCAAAUAGCCAACCAAUCAGCCUGUUACCAACCCUUAGUAAACUUUUGGAAAGAAUGGUGUUCGACCAGAUACAAUGCUAUUUUACAGUAAACAAAUUGACAACAGACUUUCAGCACGCUCAUAGGGAAGGACAUUGAACAAGCACAGCACUUACACAAAUGGCUGAUGAUUGGCUGAGAGAAAUCGAUGAAAAUAAGAUUGUGGGGGCUGUUUUGUUAGAGUUCAGUGCGGCUUUUGACAUUAUCAAUCAUAGUCUGUUGCUGGAAAAACGUGCGUGUUAUGGCUUUACACCCCCUGCUAAAUUGUGGAUAAAGAGUUACCUGUCUAAGAGAACACAGAGGGUGUAAUGAGUAUCUAACAAAUCCUGGUAGAAUCAGGAAUUCCCCAGGGCAGCUGUCUAGGCCCCUUACUUUUUUAAAUCUUUACUAAUGACAUGCCACUGGCUUUGAGUAAAGCCAGUGUGUCUACAGUGGCUUGAGAAAGUAUUCACCCCCCUUGGCAUUUUUCCUAUUUUGUUGCCUUACAACCUGGAAUUAAAAUGCAUUUUGGGGGGGGUUGUAUCAUUUCAUUUACACAACAAGCCUACCACCAAUUUUUUCUUGUGAAACAAACAGGAAAUGAGACAAAAAAACAGAAAACUUGAGUGUGCAUAACUAUUCACCCCCCAAAGUCAAUACUUUGUAGAGCCACCUCAAAAUCUCUGGAAGACUGGAACAGGUUUCCCUUAAGAAUUUCCUUGUAUUUAGCGCCAUCCAUCAUUCCUUCAAUUCUGACCAGUUUCCCAGUCCUUUCUGAUGAAAAACAUCCCCACAGCAUGAUGCUGCCACCACCAUGCUUCACUAUGGGGAUGGUGUUCUCGGGGUGAUGAGAGGUGUAGAGUUUGCGCCAGACAUAGCGUUUUCCUUGAUGGCCAAAAAGUUCAAUUUUAGUCUCUUUGGUCUCUUUGUUGCCUCUCUGAUUAAUGCCCUCCUUGCCUGGUCUGUGAGUUUUGGUGGGCGGCCCUCUCUUGGCAGGUUUGUUGUGGUGCCAUAUUCUUUCAAUUUUUUUAAUAAUGGAUUUAAAGGUGCUCUGUCGGAUGUUCAAAGUGUCGGAUAUUUUUUUAGAACCCAACCCUGAUCUGUACUUCUCCACAACUUUGUCCCUGACCUGUUUGGAGAGCUCCUUGGUCUUCAUGGACCGCUUGCUUGGUGGUGCCCCUUGCUUAGUGGUGUUGCAGACCUUUCAGAACAGGUGUGUAUAUAUACUGAGAUCAUGUGACAGAUCAUGUGACACUUAGAUUGCACACAGGUGGACUUUAUUAACUAAUUAUGUGACUUCUGAAGGUAGUUGGUUGCACCAGAUCUUAUUUAGGGGCUUCAUAGCAAAGGGGGUGAAUACAUAUGCACACACCACUUUUCCGUUAUUUUUUUUUUUUGAAUUUUCUGAAACAAGUUAUUUUUUUCAUUUCACUUCACCAAUUUGGACUAUUUUGUGUAUGUCCAUUACAUGUAACAUAUGCACUAUACACACACGUACACAUGGAUUUUGUAGUUGUAGUUGUAGAUAUGUGGUAGUAGAGUAGGGGCCUGAGGGCACACACUUAAAAUGUUGUGAAAUCUGUUAUGAAUGUAUUAUAAUGUUUUUAAAAUGUAUAACUGCCUUAAUUUGUAAAAAUGUAUAACUGACUUAGCAGCAGCUAGUGGAGAUCCAUAAUAAAUACAAAUAAAAAUACAAAUGACAACAACCCAGUAGCAGCACAACAUGGUAGCAGCACAACAUGGUAGCAGCACAACAUGGUAGCAGCGCAACAUGGUAGCAGCACAACAUGGUAGCAGCACAACAUGGUAGCAGCACAACAUGGUAGCAGCACAACAUAGUAGCAGAAUAAACAUAGUAGCAGCACAACAUGGUAGCAGCACAAUCAUGGUACAAACAUUAUUGGGAACAGACAACAGCACAAAGGGCAAGAAGGUAGAGACAACAAUACAUCACACGAAGCAGCCACAACUGUCAGUAAGAGAGUCCAUGAUUGAGUCUUUCAAUGAAGAGAUGGAGAUAAAACUGUCCAGUUUGAGUGUUUUUUGCCGCUCGUUCCAGUCGCUAGCUGCAGCAAACUGAGAAGAGGAGCGACCCAGGGAUGUGUGUGCUUUGGGGACCUUUAAAAAAAUGUGACUGGCAGAACGGGAGUUGUAUGUGGAGGAUGAGGGCUGCAGUAGGUAUCUCAGAUAGGGGGGAGUGAGGCCUAAGAGGGUUUUAUAAAUAAGCAUCAAGUAGUGGGUCUUGCGCCGAGGAGUAUAGAGUGCAGUGAUGUGUCCUAUAAGGAGCAUUGGUGGCAAAUCUGAUGGCUGAAUGGUAAAGUACAUCUAGUCUCUUGAGAGCACCCUUACCUGCCGAUCUAUAAAUUACGUCUCCGUAAUCUAGCAUGAGUAGGAUGGUCAUCUGAAUCAGGGUUAGUUUGGCAGCUGGGGUGAAAGAGGAACGAUUACCACAGAGGAAACCAAGUCUAGAUUUAAUCUUAGCCUGCAGCUUGGAUAUGUCCCGAGACAUAUCCGAACCACAUGACCUUUGUUUUGGAGGUGUUCGGAGAGAGAGCUUCCUACUGCCUGAGCUAUGUUGUUGAUGUAAAUUGAGAAGAGCAUGGGGCCUAGGAUCGAGCCUUGGGGUAAUAAUAAUGGCUGCCAUUUUAAGGGCUCCGAACCAACUGUGCUUUUUUGUGUGUUUUUCCGCAUUGUUUGUAACUUAUUUUGUACAUAUGUCACACCAGCCUUCGCUUUGGCUCCCCCUCCUGUCCAGCUCAGGCGUUCGCCGUCGCCGGCCUUCUAGCUGCUGCCGAACCUGCUGCUGGCAAACGCCCUUCACUCAUCAACCCCCGGACUUGUCUCGUCAUCAUUACACACACCUGGUUCCAAUCCCCACUCUAUCACUGUAUAUAUACUCCCUCUGUCAUUUGUCUUUGUCAGUCAUUGUAUAUGUUGCUUGUUUUCCUGAGACGAAUCUCUCCUAUUAUUUCCUGAGUACUUUAUAUUUUGCACUGUGGGUUUCGUCCCGCUUUAAGCUAUGGUGCUUUAAUAAAUUCAGUAGUUCUAAACCUGUGACUGCCUCCUGCCUACUCCUCUCUACACUUGUGACAACAUAAUGUUGCUGCUACCGUCUCUUAUGACCAAAAAGAGCUUCUGGACAUCAGAACAGCGAUUACUCACCUCAAACUGGACAAAGAUUUUUUCUUUAAUGAGUCCGACGCGAAGGAUAUACUGUUUCUCCGAGGCCAGCCCCAAAUCUCCGUCAUUCGCGUGAAGAAAAGACGGAAGAACAGGGGGUGGAGAUCGGGGUGCCUUGUGAGAAUUAAUUGGCGAGUGGGUAACCCGCCUCUACCAUCCGUUCUAUUGGCCAACAUGCAAUCACUGGAGAAUAAACUGGAUGAUCUCCGUUCGAGACUAUCCUACUAACGGGACAUUCAAAACGGUAAAAUCGUAUGUUUCACAGAGUCGUGACUGACAACACGGAAAAUAUACAGUUGGCUGGGUUUUCCGUGCAUCGGCAGGACAGAACUGCUACGUCCGGUAAGACGAGGGGUGGUGGUGUGUGUCUAUUUGUCAAUAACAGCUGGUGCGCAAUUUCUAAUAUUAAGGAAGUCUUGAGGUAUUGCUCGCUUGAGGUAGACUACCUCAUGAUAAGCUGUAGACCACACUAUCUACCAAGAGAGUUUUCAGCUAUAUUUUUCGUAGCCGUCUAUUUACCACCACAAACCGAUGCUGGCACUAAGACCACACUCAACGAGCUGUAUAAGGCCAUAAGCAAACAAGAAAAUGCUCAUCCAGAAGUGGCGCUCCUAGAGGCCGGGGACACUAAUGCAGGCAAACUUAAUUCAGUUUUACCUCAUUUCUACCAGCAUGUCACAUGUGCAACCAGAGGGAAAAAAACUCUAGACCACCUUUACUCCACACACAGAGACGUAUACAAAGCUUUCCCUCGCCCUCCAUUUGGCAAAUUUGACCAUAAUUAUAUCCUCCUGAUUCCUACUUACAAGCAAAAACUAAAGCAGGAAGUACCAGUGACUCGCUCAAUACGGAAGUGUUCAGAAGACGCGGAUGCUACGCUACAGGACUGUAUUGCUAGCACAGACUGGAAUAUGUUCCGGGAUUCAUCCAAUGGCAUUGAGUAUACCACCUCAGUCACCGACUUCAUCAAUAAGUGCAUCGAUGACGUCGUCCCCACAAUGACCGUACGUACAUAUCCCAACCAGAAGCCAUGGAUUACCGGCAACAUCCACACCGAGCUAAAGGCUGAAGCUACCGCUUUCAAGGAGCGGGACACUAAUCUGGACGCUUAUAAGAUAUCCCUCUAUGCCCUCAGACAAACCAUCAAAUAGGCAAAGCGUCAAUACAGGACUAAGAUUGAAUCCUACGACACCGGCUCUAACGCUCGUCGGAUGUGGCAAGGCUUGCAAACUAUUACAGACUACAAAGGGAAAGCCGCGAGCUGCCCAGUAAUGCCAGCCUACCAGACAGGCUAAAUGCCUUUUAUGCUUGCUUCAAGGCAAGCAACACUGAAGCAUGCAUGAGAGCACCAGCUGUUCCGGACGACUGUGUGAUCACGCUUUCCGUAGCCGAUGUGAGCAAGAUCUUUAAACAUGUCAACAUUCACAAGGCCGCGGGGCCAGAUGGAUUACCAGGACGUGUACGCAGUGAAUGCGCGGACCAACUGGCAAGUGUCUUCACUGACAUGGCUCACAUCAACACCAUCAUCUCGGAAACACCUAUGUGAGAAUACUGUUCAUUGACUACAGCUCAGCGUUCAACAACAUAGUGCCCACAAAGCUCAUCACUAAGCUAAGGACCCUGGGACUAAACAACUCCCUCUGCAACUGGAUCCUGGACUUCCUGACGUGCCUCCCCAGGUGGUAAGGGUAGGCAACAACACAUCUGCCACGCUGAUCCUCAACACGGGGGCCCCUCAGGGGUGCGUGAUUAGUCCCCUCUUGUACUCCCUGUUCACCCAUGAAUGCAUGGCCAGGCAUGACUCCAACACCAUCAUUAAGUUUGCCGACGACACAACAGUGAUAGGCCUGAUCAAUGACAACGAUGAGACAACCUAUAGGGAGGAGGUCAGAGACCUGGCCGUGUGGUGCCAGGACAACAACCUCUCCCUCAAUGUGAGUAAGACAAAGGAGCUGAUCGUGGACUACAGGAAAAGGAGGGCCGAACACACCCCCAUUCACAUUGACGGGACUGUAGUGGAGCGGGUCGAGAGUUUCAAGUUCCUUGGUGUCCACAUCACCAACAAACAAUCAUGGUCCAAACACACCAAGACAGUCAUGAAGAGGGCACAACAAUGCAUUUUCCCCCUCAGGAGACUGAAAAUAUUUGGCAUGUGUCCCCAGAUCCUCAAAAGGUUCUACAGCUGCCCCAUCGAGAGCAUCGUGACCUGUUGCAUCACUGCCUGGUAUGGCAACUGCUCAGCAUCCGACCGUAAGGCGCUACAGAGGGUAGUGCGUACGGCCCAGUACAUCACUGGGGCCAAGCUCCCUGCCAUCCAGGACCUCUAUACUAGGCGGUGUCAGAGGAAGGCUAAAUAAUUGUCAAAGACUCCAGUCACCCAAGUCAUAGACUUUUCUCUCUGCUACUGCACGGCAAGCGGUACUGAAGCGCCAACUCUAGGUCCAAAAGGCUCAUUAACAACUUCUACCCCCAAGCCAUAAGAAUGCUGAACAAUUAAUCAAAUGGCUACCCGGACUAUUUGCAUUGACCCCCCCUUACACUGCUGCUACUCACUGUUUAUUAUCCAUGCAUAGUCACUUUACCCCUAUCUACAUGUACAAAUUACCUCAACUAACUUGUACCCCCACACAUUGACUUUGUACCGGUACCACCUGUAUAUUGCCUCGUUAUUGUUAUUGUUAUUUUAAAUUUAUUUUUCACUUUUUUUGGGGGGGGGGGGGGGGGGGGGGGGGGUAGGCUCUUCAUUGUCUGCACCACUUUCAAUCCCCCAUGUGUUUUUUUUUCUCGCAAAUAUAUACAGUGAGGGAAAAAAGUAUUUGAUCCCCUGCUGAUUUUGUACGUUUGCCCACUGACAAAGACAUGAUCAGUCUAUAAUUUUUAUGGUAGGUUUAUUUGAACAGUGAGAGACAGAAUAACAACAACAAAAAUCCAUGUCAAAAAUGUUAGAAAUUGAUUUGCUUUUUAUUGAGGGAAAUAAGUAUUUGACACCCUCUCAAUCAGAAAGAUUUCUGGCUCCCAGGUGUCUUUUAUACAGGUAACGAGCUGAGAUUAGGAGCACACUCUUAAAGGGAGUGCUCCUAAUCUCAGCUUGUUACCUGUAUAAAAGACACCUGUCCACAGAAGCAAUCAAUCAAUCAGAUUCCAAACUCUCCACCAUGGCCAAGACCAAAGAGCUCUCCAAGGAUGUCAGGGACAAGAUUGUAGACCUACACAAGGCUGAAAUGGGCUACAAGACCAUCGCCAAGCAGCUUGGUAAGAAGGUGACAACAGUUGGUGCGAUUAUUCGCAAAUGGAAGAAACACAAAAUAACUGUCCAUCUCCCUCGGCCUGGGGCUCCAUGCAAGAUCUCACCUCGUGGAGUUGCAAUGAUCAUGAGAACGGUGAGGAAUCAGCCCAGAACUACACAGGAGGAUCUUGUCAAUGAUCUCAAGGCAGCUGGGACCAUAGUCACCAAGAAAACAAUUGGUAACAUGCUACGCCGUGAAGGACUGAAAUCCUGCAGCGCCCGCAAGGUCCCCCUGCUCAAGAAAGCACAUAUACAGGGCCAUCUGUAGUUUGCCAAUGAACAUAAUAAUAAUAUGCCAUUUAGCAGACGCUUUUAUCCAAAGCGACUUACAGUCAUGCGUGCAUACAUUUUUGUGUAUGGGUGGUCCCGGGGAUUGAACCCACUACCCUGGUGUUACAAGCACCGUGCUCUACCAGCUGAGCUACCGAGGACCACUCAUUAAAAUGCAAAUCAAUUUAUAACAUUUUUGACAUGCGUUUUUCUGGAUUUUUGUUGUUGUUAUUCUGUCUCUCACUGUUCAAAUAAACCUACCAUUAAAAUUAUAGACUGAUCAUGUCUUUGUCAGUGGGCAAACGUACAAAAUCAGCAGGGGAUCAAAUACUUUUUUCCCUCACUGUAGACCAGGUGAGAGAGAGAGGAGUGAGUGGAGGAUAUUGUCAUAGGAUGGGAUAACUUCAAUAUGCUCAGUGUAUAAAUUAGAGGAGGAGGUCAUGAUUUAGGUCUUCCAGCGUUGAGGGCGUCUACAUGACCAAAAGUAUGUGGACACCUGCUCCUCGAACAUCUGAUUCCAAAAUCAUGGGUAUUAAUAUGGAGUUGGUCCCGCCCUUUGCCUCUAUCAGUGGUGGGAAAAGUACCCAAUUGUCAUACUUGAGUAAAAGUAUAGAUACCUUAAUAGAAAGUUACUCAAGUAAAAGUGAAAGUCAGCCAGUAAAAUACUAUUUGAGUAAAAGUCUAAAAGUAUUUGGUUUUAAAUAUACUUAAGUAUCAAAAGUAAAUGUAAUUGCUAAAAUAUACUUAAGUAUCAAAAGUGAAAGUAAAAGUAUUAAUCACUUAAAAUUCCUUAUACUAAGCAAAGCAGAUGGCACCAUUUUCUUGUUUUGAAAAUUUACGGAUAGCCAGGGGCACACCCCAACACUCAGAGAUUAUUUACAAAAUAUGCAUUUGUGUUUAGUGAGUCCGCCAGAUCAGAGGCAGUAGGGAUGACCACGUGUUCUCUUGAUAAGUGCGUGAAUUUGACCAUUUCCUUGUCCUGCUAAGCAUUCAAAAUGUAACGAGUACUUUUGGUUAUCAGGGAAAAUGUAUGGAGUAAAAAGUACAAUAUUUUCUUUAGGAAUGUAGUGAAGUAAAAGUAAAAGUUGUAAAAAAUAGAAAUACUAAAGUAAAGUACAGAUACCCCAAAAAACUACUUAAGUAGUACUUUAAAAUAUUUUUACUUAAGUACUUUACACCACUGGUCUCUAUAACAGCCUCCACUCUUCUGGGAAGGCUUUCCACUAGAUGUUGGAACAUUGCUGCGGGGACUUGCUUCCAUUCAGCCACAAGAGCAUUAGUGAGGUCGGGUACUGAUGUUGGGCGAUUAGACCUGGUUUGCAGAUGCCAUUCCAAUUCAUCCCAAAGAUGUUCGAUGGGGUUGAGGUCAGGACUCUGUGCAGGCCAGUCAAGUUCUUUCACACCGAUCUCGACAAACAAUUUCUGUAUGGACCUACGUUCUUCUGUCAUCCUGCCAAACCCAGAGUCGUCUGUCGGACUGCCAAAUGGUGAAGCGUGAUUCAUAACUCCAGAGAACGCAUUUCCACUGCUCCAGAGUCCAAUGGCGGCGAGCUUUACACCACUCCAGCCGACGCUUGGCAUUGCGCAUGGUGAUCUUAGGCUUGUGUGAGGCUGCUCGGCCAUGGAAACCCAUUUCAUGAAGCUCCCGACUAACAGUUCUUGCGCUGACGUUGCUUCCAGAGGCAGUUUCGUACUCGGUAGUGAGUGUUGCAACCGAGGACAGACGAUUUUUACCCGCUACGCGCUUCAGCACUCGCCGGUCCCGUUCUGUGAGCUUGCGUGGCUGAGCCGUUGUUGCUCCAAGACGUUUCCACUUCACAAUAACAGCACUUACAGUUGACCGGGGGCAGCUCUAGCAGGGCAGAAAUUUGACAAACUGACUUGUUGGAACGGUGGCAUGAGUCACUGAGCUCUUCAGGAAGGCCAUUCUACUGCCAAUGUUUGUCUAUGGAGAUUGCAUGGCGGUGUGCUCAAAUUUAUACACCUGUCAGCAACGGCUGUGGCUGAAAUUGCCAAAUCCACUAAUUUGAAGGGGUGCACAUACUUUUUUAUAGAUAGUGUACCUUAACAUGAUAGAUAGUGUUUUCCUCUCCUCUCCCUCUCCCCUUCUCCUCUCCUCUCCUCUCCCUCUCCCCUUCUCCUCUCCUCUCCUCUCCUCUCCCUCUCCCCUUCUCCUCUCCUCUCCUCUCCCUCUCCACCUAUCCCUCUCCUCCACUCUGCUGGCCGUCUCAAGGACAGGUAAGGGUGCCUUUCCCCGUCUACCUCUCUCGCUUAUUCUUUCUCUUUCUCUACCUCUCCCCCUCCCGCUCCCCUCUCCAUCUCCUUCCCCUCCAUCCCUCUCCCCUCUCCAUCUCACUCCCCUCCAUCCCCUCCCCUUCUCCCUGUCCCUCUGAAGUGAGUGCCAUCUAUAGUUCACUGGAGGUACUGACUCUGGAGAAAGCUGGGAGAAGAGGACUCUGGUAUUCCUAAAUGUAUUUACGAUUUUACAACUUCGCUUUACCACAGGACGUGUAGAAGGAAACAGCUGUAGACUGACUCACAACAGCUGCAAACAACCUACCCAUGACAUUACACAUUACAUCUGUCCUGCAGACAGUCCUGUUGUCUUGGUCUUAGUGUAGAUUACCCUGCAGACAGUCCUGUUGUCUUGGUCUUAGUGUAGAUUACCCUGCAGACAGUCCUGUUGUCUUGGUCUUAGUGUAGAUUACCCUGCAGACAGUCCUGUUGUCUUGGUCUUAGUGUAGAUUACCCUGCAGACAGUCCUGUUGUAUUGGUUUUAGUGUAGAUUACCCUGCAGACAGUCCUGUUGUCUUGGUCUUAGUGUAGAUUACCCUGCAGACAGUCCUGUUGUCUUGGUCUAGUGUAGAUUACCCUGCAGACAGUCCUGUUGUAUUGGUCUAGUGUAGAUUAUCCUGCAGACAGUCCUGUUGUCUGGUCUAGUGUAGAUUAUCCUGCAGACAGUCCUGUUGUCUUGGUCUUAGUGUAGAUUACCCUGCAGACAGUCCUGUUGUAUUGGUCUUAGUGUAGAUUACCCUGCAGACAGUCCUGUUGUAUUGGUCUUAGUGUAGAUUACCCUGCAGACAGUCCUGUUGUCUUGGUCUAGUGUAGAUUACCCUGCAGACAGUCCUGUUGUAUUGGUCUUAGUGUAGAUUACCCUGCAGACAGUCCUGUUGUCUUGGUCUAGUGUAGAUUACCCUGCAGACAGUCCUGUUGUAUUGGUCUUAGUGUAGAUUACCCUGCAGACAGUCCUGUUGUAUUGGUCUUAGUGUAGAUUACCCUGCAGACAGUCCUGUUGUCUUGGUCUUAGUGUAGAUUACCCUGCAGACAGUCCUGUUGUACUGGUUUUAGUGCACUAUGUAGGGAAUAGGGUGCCAUUUGGAACGCAAUCGGAGUGAAGAAUAUGUUUCAGCCCCAGGGGAAAUGGCUGCUCAGAGACGACUAUAUUUUGUCUCCAGGGACCUGACAGCUGCUUAAAUCCACAUAGAUACAGCAGGCCCUCACUGGCCCAGACAGGCAUUGAUAACAGGCAUGCGGAUAUCUGAAAUAAAAGACAAAUAAAUUAACUACUAGUCAAAUCACAAUUGAUUUAAAGUGCAUUUAACAAUGUCAGUGUGUGUGUGUGUGUGUGUGUGUGUGUGUGUGUGUGUGUGUGUGUGUGUGUGUGUGUGUGUGGUUAGGGAUGGGAUGCAGUCUUUCCUAGGACAGUGCUGAAACAGGGAGAAGGUUUCUGAUUGGUUACCCUAGUGCUAGCCAGCUUCCCCUUCUUUUGCAUUGGACCCCAGUCAAGGCUUUAACAGUCAGACCUGCUGUUAUUCCCUCAUACAUAUAGUCAAUGGCUGCUGCCAAUGUGUUGAGCGGGUACUCAAUGGGGAUGGUCACUUCCUCAUCAAUGACAGCUUGAAAACAUACACACUCUAGUGGCUUCAACCAGAGGUCCACAGUUUCGUAUGGGGGGGGUUGGUAGGAAAACCAGUUAACCCAGUUACCUGACUGCAACACUUGUUCUGUGUUCCAUUGAAUUGGCACUAGCCUGAUCUGUGUUCCGUUGAAUUGGCACUAGCCUGAUCUGUGUUCCGUUGAAUUGGCACUAGCCUGAUCUGUGUUCCGUUGAAUUGGCACUAGCCUGAUCUGUGUUCCGUUAAAUUGGCACUAGCCUGAUCUGUGUUCCAUUGAAUUGGCACUAGCCUGAUCUGUGUUCCGUUGAAUUGGCACUAGCCUGAUCUGUGUUCCGUUGAAUUGGCACUAGUCUGAUCUGUGUUCCGUUGAAUUGGCACUAGCCUGAUCUGUGUUCCGUUGAAUUGGCACUAGCCUGAUCUGUGUUCCGUUGAAUUGGCACUAGCCUGAUCUGUGUUCCAACAGAGAACAUAUUGAAAUAACAUACUGUAAGGCCAACAGGAUAGAUUUCUCCAGUGGAGUUCUUCUUCUAUGCUUCAUCAUCAUCAUCAUCAUCAUCGGCCUCUCCCUCCAUUCAGCCAUGCACAACAACAACAACAACAACAACAACAACAACAACAACAACAGGCUUGCCAAUGCCACCUCUCUGAGUGUGUCAGUCGUCCUUGUGUCUCAAUUACACUACGUUUCUUGGUGUGACAGGUGUUCUGUACCUCCGCAAUUACUUUUCAAUUAAGCAACGAUGAGCGUUUGUCAUCGAGCGUAGCCCGGCGUUAUUUUACAGCCCCAGUGUCUUAGUCCAUUAGUGACGGUGUGUGUGUGUUGUGUGUGUGUGUGUGUGUGUCUCCUGAGGAGAGAGAGAGGAGGAGAGAUAGCAGCCAGCGCCCCCACUUAAUGGAGUGAGAAAAUAAAAGCGAUUAACGCUACAUUAACAUUGUGCUAAUAAGGCUGUGUGCUGCAGUGGGCUGUGUGUGGCAAUAGGACUACAGCAGUUGUUGGGAAAGAGAGAUGGCUAGAAACACAACCCUUAUGCCGUAGCCCCUACCCUCAUGGCACUUGUUGAGAGCUGCAAGGACUGGAUACCUACCUUAUAUGCAAGUGGCGCAGUGGUCUAAGGCACAGCAUCGCAGUGCUAGCUGUGCCACUAGAGAUCCUGGUUUGAAUCCAGGCUCUGUCGUAGCUGGCCGCGACCGGGAGACCCGUGGGGCGGCGCACAAUUGGCCCAGCGUCGUCCAGGGGAGGGAAUGGCCGGCAGGGAUGUAGCUCAGUUGGUAGAGCAUGGUGUUUGCAACAUCAGGGUUGUGGGUUCAAUUCCCACGGGGGGCCAGUAUGAAAAAAAAAAUAUAUAUAUAUAUGCACUCACUAACUGUAAGUCGCUCUGGGUAAGAGCGUCUGCUAAAAUGACUAAAAUGUAAAAAUGUAAUCCACCAUGCCUAAAGGCUUUAGCAUGCCUCAGUUCGGCUAACGCCUAGACAAGCUCGGCUCGGUGAACCGAACGAGUGUGCUCGCAUAAAAGACCAUUGCUUGAAAAAACGAGAAAAAAGCAGCACGUUUGUCCAUUUUGAGACGCCAUAGCCAGUAUACACUUCCUCAAAACAGUCAGAAUUAAUCUCAGAUAACUCAAGAAAUCGGUCAUUAAUUUUGACGUUUUUGCUGAGGAGAUCUUUGGUCGCGUUAUUUUGCAUCUGACUCGGAUAUUUGGUGGAGUAUUUCUCAAGUCAAAAUAAUUAGCAUGAGGACGAGUCGUCUCUAGUUGAACGACAACAGGCACUUCACUGAAGAAUAAUAUAAUAAUAAUAUGCCAUUUAGCAGAUGCUUUUAUCUAGGGGUGUAACGAUCCAUCUACUACAUCGAUGUAUCGAUUUAUAUUCCUAUGAUCCAACUACAUCGAUCUGUGCUCGGCGAGUUGGCCUUUUGGACAACAUAUAUCGAUCUAACAUCGUUUUAAAAUGUAAUAAAUCGAUUGUAUCGAUACUAGGAAAUAACCCAUUGGAUUUAAGCACGUCAGACUUUAUAUGGAUGUUUUUUCUUAGCACUUUUAAUGAUAAAGGCUUUAAACAUUACUCGAUUCAGUCUGCCUAUCCGUGACGUCAUCGCGCCAGCAGCAGCGCAAAGGCGCCAAGACAACAAAACAUAGCAUGGCGGACGACAGAGGAGAAGCCGACGAGCGAGAAAUUAUCAAGCCACCAUUGCGGUCCUUACAAGAAACAGGAACCUAGGAAGCUUCACCUGCACUGUCCAGUAUACAGGUAUUUAUUUCAGUCACACUGGUUGAAUUUUUGGCUAAAAGGUUACUGAAUCGAUUUCAAGUCACUGAAUCGUUUCGGAUCGUAUCGUUCUAAAUGAACCAAUAUCGUCCUUGAAUCGUAUCGACAACCACGAAUCGUGAUACAAAUCGAAUCGUUGUUAAAACGAAUCGUUACACCCCUACUUUUAUCCAAAGCGACUUACAGUCAUGUGUGCAUACAUUUUUACGUAUGGGUGGUCCCGGGGAUCGAACCCACUAACCUGGCGUUACAAGCGCCGUGCUCUACCAAUUGAGCUACAGAGGACCACAUUGAGCUACAGAGAACUGUUGACCAAUCAGCGACGAGGGGGUGUAGACUUCGGCUGCCGACUUCAGCUUGCCUCGAGAAAGAAAUUCUAAAACGUCACAGAAUAUUGUCAUGAUAUAUAUGCACGAACUGUUACAAACUGUUUCAGCUGGGAAGCAUGCGGACACCUUAAGAGGACUGCAAGGACAAGGACUACAUCAAGCUACACCCAACACCCUUCAGCGAUGCACAUCAAGCUACACCCAACACCCUUCAGCGAUGCACAUCAAGCUACACCCAACACCCUUCAGCGAUGCACAUCAAACUACACCCAACACCCUUCAGCAAUGCACACCAAGCUACACCAAACACCCUUCAGCGAUGCACAUCAAGCUACACCAAACACCCUUCAGCGAUGCACAUCAAGCUACACCAAACACCUUUCAGCAAUGCACACCAAGCUACACCAAACACCCUUCAGUGAUGCACAUCAAGCUACACCAAACACCCUUCAGCGAUGCACAUCAAGCUACACCAAACACCUUUCAGCAUCACAUCGGUGCUCAUGCGAAUCCCAUAAGACAGCUUCCCAACCAUCAUGACCUCUGUCACAUUCAGCCUUGUCUUUCAACAAUAAUGUGCUCCUCCUCAGUUUCACACACACACACACACACACAACAAACUACAAUCUCAGCGCUUAGAACUGAAAUCUCAAGAGAUUAUUUCAGGGGUUUUAGCUGCAUUUUCAAACAAUGACAUGCCGUUUAUGGUUGGAAUGAAGCAGGGUUUUACAGUAAGCUGGAUGUGCUUUAAUUGUUGCCUUUUCCACUGUUUGAUGAUACAAAAGCAUCAAAGUAAUGUAGCUUCUGUCUAAUUCACAAAAAUCCAGCCUGUUAGUUCCGCUGAUUAAGGUUAUUAAAUUGUGUUAAUUGGGGUUUUUCUAUUAUAACGUCACACUCAUUAGCUUAGCGGUCACUCUGACUGGCCUUGAUUGGAUAACCAGUCAAUGAGACUGAGUCACUUUUCUCUGAUUAAAGUUAUUGGUUCCUGAUGAAACUGGACCCUAUCAGACCACUUGGUACCACAGCCACUGAUCCCAGACCACUUGGUACCACAGCCACAGGAAACAUCACCGAUCCCAGACCACUUGGUACCACAGCCACAGGAAACAUCACUGAUCCCAGACCACUUGGUACCACAGCCACAGGAAACAUCACUGAUCCCAGACCACUUGGUACCACAGCCACAGGAAACAUCACUGAUCCCAGACCACUUGGUACCACAGCCACAGGAAACAUCACUGAUCCCAGACCACUUGGUACCACAGCCACAGGAAACAUCACUGAUCCCAGACCACUUGGUACCACAGCCACAGGAAACAUCACUGAUCCCAGACCACUUGGUACCACAGCCACAGGAAACAUCACUGAUCCCAGACCACUUGGUACCACAGCCACAGGAAACAUCACUGAUCCCAGACCACUUGGUACCACAGCCACAGGAAACAUCACCGAUCCCAGACCACUUGGUACCACAGCCACAGGAAACAUCACCGAUCCCAGACCACUUGGUACCACAGCCACAGGAAACAUCACUGAUCCCAGACCACUUGGUACCACAGCCACAGGAAACAUCACUGAUCCCAGACCACUUGGUACCACAGCCACAGGAAACAUCACUGAUCCCAGACCACUUGGUACCACAGCCACAGGAAACAUCACUGAUCCCAGACCACUUGGUACCACAGCCACAGGAAACAUCACCGAUCCCAGACCACUUGGUACCACAGCCACAGGAAACAUCACUGAUCCCAGACCACUUGGUACCACAGCCACAGGAAACAUCACCGAUCCCAGACCACUUGGUACCACAGCCACAGGAAACAUCACCGAUCCCAGACCACUUGGUACCACAGCCACAGGAAACAUCACCGAUCCCAGACCACUUGGUACCACAGCCACAGGAAACAUCACUGAUCCCAGACCACUUGGUACCACAGCCACAUUAAACAUCACUGAUCCCAGACCACUUGGUACCACAGCCACAGGAAACAUCACUGAUCCCAGACCACUUGGUACCACAGCCACAGGAAACAUCACCGAUCCCAGACCACUUGGUACCACAGCCACAGGAAACAUCACUGAUCCCAGACCACUUGGUACCACAGCCACAGGAAACAUCACUGGUCCAAUUAUCUUACGUCAGAUAGCGCGACAAUUCCUCAUGCGCUGAGGGACGAGCGUCGCGUCGGAGUGACGCCGCCUGAUGUAAGACAAUGCAACGUCCCGGCUUAGAUCUGAGAAUAAGGCCCAGUUUUUAUCGUACUUUUAUUCUUCCAAGUAUAUGUUUUUUAUUAUUUGGUUUUAUGUUUGUUUAUUUAAAUGUCUAUUAUGAUGUAAUUAUUAUGAAUUAUGAUGCACUCAAAUUGACUUUUCGGGAACAAUAAAGAUGUUUCUGAACUGGGCCCGUAUUCACAAAGUGUCUCAGAGCAGCCGUGCAGAUUUUGGAACAGUUUUGCCAUUUAGAUUAUAAUAAAUGACCAGGGGGAACCUGAUCCUAGAUCAGUACUGCUACUGACCAGGGGGAACCUGAUCCUAGAUUAGUACUGAUACUGACCAGGGGGAACCUGAUCCUAGAUCAGUACUGCUACUGACCAGGGGGAACCUGAUCCUAGAUCAGUACUGCUACUGACCAGGGGGAACCUGAUCCUAGAUCCGUAUUGCUACUGACCAGGGGGAACCUGAUCUAGAUCAGUACUGCUACUGACCAGGGGGAACCUGAUCCUAGAUCAGUACUGCUACUGACCAGGGGGAACCUGAUCCUAGAUCAGCACUGCUACUGACCAGUGGGAACCUGAUUCUAGAUCAGCACUGCUACUAACCAGGGGGAACCUGAUCCUAGAUCAUCACUGCUACUAACCAGGGGGAACCUGAUCCUAGAUCAGUACUGCUACUAACCAGGGGGAACCUGAUCCUAGAUCAGCACUGCUACUAACCAGGGGGAACCUGAUCCUAGAUCAGCACUGCUACUGACUAGGGGGAACCUGAUUCUAGAUCAGCACUGCUACUGACUAGGGGGAACCUGAUCCUAGAUCAGUACUGCUACUGACCAGGGGGAACCUGAUCCUAGAUCAGUACUGCAACUGACUAGGGGGAACCUGAUUCUAGAUCAGCACUGCUACUGACCAGGGGGAACCUGAUCCUAGAUCAGUACUGCAACUGACCAGGGGGAACCUGAUCCUAGAUCAGUAUUGCUACUGACCAGGGGGAACCUGAUCCUAGAUCAGUACUGCUACUGACCAGGGGGAACCUGAUCUAGAUCAGCACUGCUACUAACCAGGGGGAACCUGAUCCUAGAUCAUCACUGCUACUAACCAGGGGGAACCUGAUCCUAGAUCAGUACUGCUACUAACCAGGGGGAACCUGAUCCUAGAUCAGUACUGCUACUGAUCAGGGGGAACCUGAUCCUAGAUCAGUAUUGCUACUGACCAGGGGGAACCUGGUCCUAGAUCAGCACUGGUACUAACCAGGGGGAACCUGAUUCUAGAUCAGCACUGCUACUGAUCAGGGGGAACCUGAUCCUAGAUCAGUAUUGCUACUGACCAGGGGGAACCUGAUCCUAGAUCAGCACUGGUACUAACCAAGGGGAACCCCUGCUACUAACGAGGGGAAACCUGAUCCUAGAGCAGCACUGCUACUGACCAGGGGGAACCUGAUCCUAGAUCAGCACUGCUACUGACCAGGGGGGAACCUGAUCCUAGAUCAGUACUGCUACUGACCAGGGGGAACCUGAUCCUAGAUCAGUACUGCUACUGACCAGGGGGAACCUGAUCCUAGAUCAGUACUGCUACUGACCAGGGGGAACCUGAUCCUAGAUCAGUACUGCUACUGACCAGGGGGAACCUGAUCCUAGAUCAGUACUGCUACUGACCAGGGGGAACCUGAUCCUAGAUCAGCACUGCUACUAACCAGGGGGAACCUGAUCCUAGAUCAGUACUGCUACUGACCAGGGGGAACCUGAUCCUAGAUCAGUACUGCUACUGACCAGGGGGAACCUGAUCCUAGAUCAGUACUGCUACUGACCAGGGGGAACCUGAUCCUAGAUCAGUACUGCUACUGACCAGGGGGAACCUGAUCCUAGAUCAGCACUGCUACUAACCAGGGGGAACCUGAUCCUAGAUCAGUACUGCUACUGACCAGGGGGAACCUGAUUCUAGAUCAGCUUUAUUCCCUGAACUGAUUUACUGACUGAUGACCCGCUCUUGCAUAGAAAACAUUUGACCGUUGUGGUGUUAAUAACCAAUCCCGAAGAAGACUGCAUUGGACCAAACUUGUUAGAAGUAGCCGUGAAAAGGAGCAACAAAAACACUCAAUCACUGACCUAUAUACCAACAAGCGACACUCCUAAGUUGGUUGUGUAGUCCAACUGCACAGACACAAGAAUCAAGCUAUAUCGUACAUGUACAGACAGAACCAGACGAAUUAAAGCUACAAGAAUAAUGCCUCUCUCCUCAUGCAGCGGCUGAUAGGGAUAUCAGGGGAGAUGUGAGUGUCACAGGACGCAGGAAGUAGAAUGCAACACUCGACUUAAUAAGCGUCAGAAGUCUAAGAGAUAAGGCUCUAAACCCCCUCUACCAGGCCUCCAAAAUGUCAGCAGCGACAGCACCAUCACUCACUACAAAUGGGUGUGUGUGCAUGUGUCUCCCCACACUGACCUCUAUGUUGUGUGUGUGUGUGUGUUGUGAUCCUCCAGGGUCUCUCUGUCUGCUGAGAGCCGACACACUGGUGAUGCUGGGAGGAGAUAUGCAAUUAUUCAAAACAGGAGAGAGGAGAGAAGCCCGGCCUCGGCUGCUUGUGGGGAUGCUUGGGGGCUGUAACAGUUCUGUCCUCUCAAGUUUUCUAUGUUUCUCACUGUGUUUUGUAUAACUUAAUCAAUUCAACUGAAAGUAAGCCUGAUGGCUAAAUGCAACAAAAAUUGUGUGAAAGUUGUUUCGUGUAACUCCAACCUAACACUUGCUUUGAAUGUUCCUUCAAAGUCCCUAGAGAGCUGCUGAAUGGUAAUCAGGAUGGGGCCAUUUGCCUUUUGUAUAUAAUAAAUGUUUGCCUUUUUUUUUUCAUUCAGGGGUGCAGGUUUGAAUCCUGCCGACUAUGCCAAAUGUAACGUGGGGGAUUAUGCCAUCAAUAUAAUGUCCUAUGCACCUUUUUGUAUGACGAGGUGAGACCUUAGAGAUACAUGAGAUUGUCAUAAAUAUGCUUAUGAAGUAAAUCAUUAUAAAACAAAGCCAUAGCAGUCAUCUCUGCACCCCCAUCAUGCUAACUCUGUCUAACACACUUCCUAUCCAUAUUGCAACAUCAUUAAUAAGAUCCAAUAAUACAGGUGGUGGGUUCCAUUGGUUGAGAGGGAGGUUUGACUUAAUUACUUUAAUUGUAUUGGAGUCAUGCUCAUUAAAUAUAUAAAUUGUGUUCUGUGGGAAGGCUUGGUUUCCAUGAUCAAUCUUGUUAUGGACAAGCUUACAAGAGAACAGCUUUUCAUUGUAAAAAUUAAAAAACACCCCACACACGCGAGAGCGUGCACGCACGCACGCACAGACGGACACACACACAUACUCGUCCCAGUCUAGCGGUGUGGAUGUGUUGUCAUCUCUGUUAUGUUGACUUUUGUAUUGUCAUCUGUUGUUGUUGUUGUUGUUGAAUGAGGAACAAAUGUAUCUGAAUUUAAUAAAUGGGGAGAAAUAUUUGCAGAUGGUGAUCAAUUGUGGAGAGAUGAUCAGAUACCAUUUGGAUCCCCUCAUCAAAAACAUCCCCAUUAUUCUACUGUCCACGUCUGCACCUUGCAUUUCAAACAAACAUCAUACUUUUAAAUGUGGGAAUGCCUUAUUCAUCAAUCUGGUUAUCUAAAAUAUCUGUCUCUCCUCACAUUUUGAGGAAAUAUAUUAUACACCCAUGACAUUAUAGUCUCUUUAAGAUGUAUGCAAUAGAGUAAGCACAGACUGCUCAGCUCACUGGCUGGCCAGCAAAUCAGAUAAAUCAAACAGCUAAGUUCCUUUUAUGACACAAAGCAAAUAGUCCCAAAUACUCUUUAUCUCCUCUCCUAAUAGUCUGGCUGGUUACAAUCAGAUCCACUGUGGCACAAACCAUUACAUGUUAUCUUUAUCAUACGAGGCAAUCACUUCUGUUUCAUAGGUAUCAUUUAUAACCAGUGGACAGCUGGUUCUGUAAUGAUAUUCAAAAAGCAGGCUAUCGGGUCUAGGGAUCUCCCUCUCUGUUUAGCUGGAUUUACAUAUAUUUAUUUACCUGUGUUUCUUUUUCAACAUCGGCCAAGCAAGUAUGAUGAAUGCAUAGCUGUGGUCUAUCUGUGGGUCCGGGACAGAAUCAGACAUUAUACAUUAUAUAUAUUUUAUAUAUAUAUAUAUAUAUAUGUAUAUAUAUAUAUAUAUAUAUAUAUAUAUAUAUAUAUAUAUAUAUAUAUAUAUCUGAGGCCAGGAAUGUUACUGUUUACAUUUACAUACAAGGUUAGAAAUGUGUUUUUGUUUUGAAGGAGUCUGUCUAUUGAAAUGAAAUAUCUUUGUUAUUACAAAAUUAUUAAUUAUACAUAGACAAUAUAUCAGAGCAUACUGUUUAAUGUUGUUUAUGUAUAAGAUAAAUAAAAAUGGAAAAAUGGGACCAAAACAGGCAGGGUAUUUAUAGACCAUCUGUGUUCUAGAACUAUACUCCCCCUUUAAUUUGUAGAGCGUUGAUUAAAUAAUUAAUAUUCUUCUCUCAAGGACCUUUUAUAAAUCUCAUCAUUAAUAAAAACAGACAUUCAAUUAGCAACGAAAUCUUGAUAGCCAAUUUUGUCAUCAUAUAAAAGUCGAGCUCUCUCUCAUAGAAGACGAGAGCAACGAUAUCGAGUAGCGCUAGAGCGAGCGCAUAUAGAUACAGCGAUGCUCGGAGAAGAGAGCAUGCAGAGCAUCUAUAUAUAAGAGAGCUGAGAAUGCGGCUCUCUCGAGCUCUGCUUCUAUACUCUCUUCUACAUCGCGCCUCUCUCCCUCUCUCCAUCUCCCUCUCCUCCUCCCUCUCCCUCUCUCCCUCUCUCUCUCUCUCGCUCUCUCAGCUGGAGGGAUGGUGUAAAAGGGAGGGAAACAUUUACUCAUGUCAUUCAUCUCAUUGUCAUCUCUUUUCAAGUGGCCACUAAUAAGUACAAAUUAAUAUGAUUAAUCAAAUUGACGACAUAAACUCAUUCCAUUCCAGGUUUUCAAAGGCGAGUGGGUGUGUUGAGGUGAUAGGGAGGAAUGAGGUGCCGCGUGAGAAGAUAGCAUGAAGAGAGAAGGGGAUGAGAGGAGGACAGGGGAACAGGUGGCUCAGGGAAAGAAGAAGCUAUCCCACUAAAUUAAACCAUAGUGUGGUAUUCAGCCAUCAGGGGGAAACAAUACCCAGAUGAAGAUGAGACCUGGGAGGGCGGAUAUCUGGACAGCUUUCAUCUUGAUUAUUUAUUUAAAUUAUAUUUUCUUUAUUUUCAACUACCCCAUUCAAAGCUCUUUCCAUUUGCCUUAAAUACAAUUAAAAUAUUAGAUGUAUGCACUUUAUCUGGAUGUACCUUGAGUAUAGUAUUGAAUUGCAAAAACAUCAGAGACUUGGAUUUGUUUUAUUUCCUUUUUAUUUAUUGUUAUCCCCCGUUUGUUUCAUUUCACCCAAUCAGAAUAUACAAUACAUCCUACAAGCCUAUACCAUUCCGUCUCAGUGAGGGUAUAUUAAUCAGACCUGAAGAAAGAGCUCUGCCCUAUACCAUUCACAGUGAGGGUAUAUGAAUCAGACCUGAAGAAAGAGCUCUGCCCUAUACCAUUCACAGUGAGGGUAUAUGAAUCAGACCUGAAGAAGAGCUCUGCCCUAUACCAUUCACAGUGAGGGUAUAUUAAUCAGACCUGAAGAAAGAGCUCUGCCCUAUACCAUUCACAGUGAGGGUAUAUUAAUCAGACCUGAAGAAAGAGCUCUGCCCUAUACCAUUCACAGUGAGGGUAUAUGAAUCAGACCUGAAGAAAGAGCUCUGCCCUAUACCAUUCACAGUGAGGGUAUAUUAAUCAGACCUGAAGAAAGAGCUCUGCCCUAUACCAUUCACAGUGAGGGUAUAUUAAUCAGACCUGAAGAAAGAGCUCUGCCCUAUACCAUUCACAGUGAGGGUAUAUGAAUCAGACCUGAAGAAAGAGCUCUGCCCUAUACCAUUCACAGUGAGGGUAUAUUAAUCAGACCUGAAGAAAGAGCUCUGCCCUAUACCAUUCACAGUGAGGGUAUAUUAAUCAGACCUGAAGAAAGAGCUCUGCCCUAUACCAUUCACAGUGAGGGUAUAUUAAUCAGACCUGAAGAAAGAGCUCUGCCCUAUACCAUUCACAGUGAGGGUAUAUUAAUCAGACCUGAAGAAAGAGCUCUGCCCCAUACCAUUCACAGUGAGGGUAUAUUAAUCAGACCUGAAGAAAGAGCUCUGCCCCAUACCAUUCACAGUGAGGGUAUAUGAAUCAGACCUGAAGAAAGAGCUCUGCCCUAUACCCUUCACAGUGAGGGUAUAUGAAUCAGACCUGAAGAAAGAGCUCUGCCCUAUACCCUUCACAGUGAGGGUAUAUUAAUCAGACCUGAAGAAAGAGCUCUGCCCUAUACCCUUCACAGUGAGGGUAUAUGAAUCAGACCUGAAGAAAGAGCUCUGCCCUAUACCCUUCACAGUGAGGGUAUAUGAAUCAGACCUGAAGAAAGAGCUCUGCCCUAUACCCUUCACAGUGAGGGUAUAUUAAUCAGACCUGAAGAAAGAGCUCUGCCCUAUACCAUUCACAGUGAGGGUAUGAAUCAGACCUGAAGAAAGAGCUCUGCCCUAUACCCUUCACAGUGAGGGUAUAUUAAUCAGACCUGAAGAAAGAGCUCUGCCCUAUACCCUUCACAGUGAGGGUAUAUUAAUCAUACCUGAAGAAAGAGCUCUGCCCUAUACCCUUCACAGUGAGGGUAUAUGAAUCAGACCUGAAGAAAGAGCUCUGCCCUAUACCCUUCACAGUGAGGGUAUAUGAAUCAGACCUGAAGAAAGAGCUCUGCCCUAUACCAUUCAGUCUCAGUGAGGGUAUAUUAAUCAGACCUGAAGAAAGAGCUCUGCUUUUGUUCUGACAUUGGAUGAAUCAGAUGGGAGGGGAAUUCAUCAGCAUCACUAUUAUACUGAACAUCUUCUUAUAAACAGAGUAUAUAUACUUAAUAAAAUAUAAAUAUAUACUAAAUAUGUUAAUAAAAUAUUGACUGUAGUCAUACUGAACAUAAUGUUUCAGCAGUUAGAGGACCAGGUACAGUAUUUGGAAGGGACCAGGUUGAUCUCACUUCUCUAUAGUUCAUCUAUACCUCUUCAGAAAGAAUCCAAAACUAAUCCAAUCAAAUGAGCCCAUACUGUACAUGUACAUUUUCUCUUCAACCAAUCAUGCAGGAAAUCACCUGUCAGUGUGUGUGUGUGUGUGUGUGUGUGUGUGUGUGUGUGUGUGUGUGUGUGUGUGUGUGUGUGUGUGUGUGUGUGUGUGUGUGUGUGUGUGUGUGUGUUUGUGUGUGUGUGUGUUGUGCCACUCCCUAACUUUGUCUGUGGGACUACUGUACAUUUUACAUUUCAGACGGAGAACAGGCAUGCUGCUGACUGUGACUCUGCCAGACGGAGAACAGGCAUGCUGCUGACUGUGACUCUGCCAGACGGAGAACAGGCAUGCUGCUGACUGUGACUCUGCCAGACGGAGAACAGGCAUGCUGCUGACUGUGACUCUGCCAGACGGAGAACAGGCAUGCUGCUGACUCUGACUCUGCCAGACGGAGAACAGGCAUGCUGCUGACUCUGACUCUGCCAGACGGAGAACAGGCAUGCUGCUGACUGUGACUCUGCCAGACGGAGAACAGGCAUGCUGCUGACUGUGACUCUGCCAGACGGAGAACAGGCAUGCUGCUGACUCUGACUCUGCCAGACGGAGAACAGGCAUGCUGCUGACUGUGACUCUGCCAGACGGAGAACAGGCAUGCUGCUGACUCUGACUCUGCCAGACGGAGAAACAGGCAUGCUGCUGACUGUGACUCUGCCAGACGGAGAACAGGCAUGCUGCUGACUCUGACUCUGCCAGACGGAGAACAGGCAUGCUGCUGACUCUGACUCUGCCAGACGGAGAACAGGCAUGCUGCUGACUGUGACUCUGCCAGACGGAGAACAGGCAUGCUGCUGACUGUGACUCUGCCAGACGGAGAACAGGCAUGCUGCUGACUGUGACUCUGCCAGACGGAGAACAGGCAUGCUGCUGAUUGUGACUCUGCCAGACGGAGAACAGGCAUGCUGCUGACUCUGACUCUGCCAGAUGGAGAACAGGCAUGCUGCUGACUCUGACUCUGCCAGAACGGAGAACAGGCAUGCUGCUGACUCUGACUCUGCCAGACGGAGAACAGGCAUGCUGCUGACUGUGACUCUGCCAGACGGAGAACAGGCAUGCUGCUGACUGUGACUCUGCCAGACGGAGAACAGGCAUGCUGCUGACUGUGACUCUGCCAGACGGAGAACAGGCAUGCUGCUGACUGUGACUCUGCCAGACGGAGAACAGGCAUGCUGCUGAUUGUGACUCUGCCAGACGGAGAACAGGCAUGCUGCUGAAUCUGACUCUGCCAGACGGAGAACAGGCAUGCUGCUGAAUCUGACUCUGCCAGACGGAGAACAGGCAUGCUGCUGACUCUGACUCUGCCAGACGGAGAACAGGCAUGCUGCUGACUCUGACUCUGCCAGAACGGAGAACAGGCAUGCUGCUGACUCUGACUCUGCCAGACGGAGAACAGGCAUGCUGCUGAAUCUGACUCUGCCAGACGGAGAACAGGCAUGCUGCUGACUCUGACUCUGCCAGACGGAGAACAGGCAUGCUGCUGACUCUGACUCUGCCAGACGGAGAACAGGCAUGCUGCUGACUGUGACUCUGCCAGACGGAGAACAGGCAUGCUGCUGACUGUGACUCUGCCAGACGGAGAACAGGCAUGCUGCUGACUGUGACUCUGCCAGACGGAGAACAGGCAUGCUGCUGACUCUGACUCUGCCAGACGGAGAACAGGCAUGCUGCUGACUGUGACUCUGCCAGACGGAGAACAGGCAUGCUGCUGACUGUGACUCUGCCAGACGGAGAACAGGCAUGCUGCUGACUGUGACUCUGCCAGACGGAGAACAGGCAUGCUGCUGACUCUGCCAGACGGAGAACAGGCAUGCUGCUGACUCUGACUCUGCCAGACGGAGAACAGGCAUGCUGCUGACUCUGACUCUGCCAGACGGAGAACAGGCAUGCUGCUGACUCUGACCUACGGAGAACAGGCAUGCUGCUGACUGUGACUCUGCCAGACGGAGAACAGGCAUGCUGCUGAUUGUGACUCUGCCAGACGGAGAACAGGCAUGCUGCUGACUCUGACUCUGCCAGAACGGAGAACAGGCAUGCUGCUGACUCUGACUCUGACAGACGGAGAACAGGCAUGCUGCUGACUCUGACUCUGCCAGACGGAGAACAGGCAUGCUGCUGA